AUGCCUCCCGCUCAGGAAGAUCAGGAUAAACCAUCAACGUCAAUUCUCAAGGAGAGACGGUUCAAGCUGAGCAGGGCUUGUGAUCGAUGUCGCCGAAGACGUAUUAAAUGCGACGAAGGCCAUCCAUGUCAAGCUUGCCUCACCGCAAACUCUGCCUGUACGUUCGAAGAACCAGGAAAACGGAGUCACCCACACAAAUCAAAACGCACUGCCACCUUGGAAGACAGAAUGCACCAAUUGGAGACACUAAUUCAGGCAAUUCCUCCUGCUGUUUUUGCAGCCGGAGGAGGUGUGCCUGGAAUGAGCACUACCCCUCAACUUACUGCAGAGAGUAGUCUCGCGAGUCCUUUGGCUUCCUUUGCAUCAGCAAACCAUACUUUUCCAGCCGGCGUACCGCCGCCAUCAUUACAUGUAUUUCCCCUUACAAACCCGUCAACCCACUUUACCACUCAAACUCGUAACACAAUAUCAAGGCAGCAGAGUCCGAAUACUGCUUUUCAUGCGAUGCUAGGCCAACAUUCCCAACAUAAUCAAACCUCCUCAGUUGAUCAACUUCCUGAGGAUUCCUCACGGGCUCCAAUGUCGGCAUCGUAUUUGUAUUUUGAUGACGAGGGAUAUACUCGCUGGCAAGGGGAGACAUCUGGUUUACCACUUCUCGAUCUCUUACUGGAACAUCAUACUCCGGUAAAGUCUGAAACCGAAAAAAGCUCACCGGACCCCUCAUGGUCAACGAAACCUGAAAAAUCAUCCAAUGCUGCCUGGUUUCCAAACCGAACGCCAAGGCGGGCAGAUGUGAAUCCCGAAACAUUAUGGCGUCUCAUUACCUCUUAUAUUGUACCGGAACUUAUGGAUAGUCUCGUUCAGUGCUAUCUUUGUACAUCAUAUUACAUUCUUCCCUUCCUUCAUGUUCCAUCGUUUUUGGCAGACUACGGGAAUCCCAGAAAGUGGGGGGAGCCUGGAUUCGCGGCCUUUAUUGUCAGCAUCUGUUGCCUUGCCUCGCGACAUAUAGAUGAUCCCCGGGUUCGCGCUGAUCCAAACGAAGGUAUAUCCGCUGGUACUCAGUGGUUCGAGCUCUUUGGACGUUUAAGGACUCUUCCCAUCGCGGACCGCCCCACAGUGUACACAAUCCAGGCUGACCUUAUUGCUGCCGUGUAUGCAGUUGGACUAGGUAAACUUUCGAAAGCCGCCGCUCUCCUAUCGGAGGCUAUCACUGUGUCGGUAGAUGCCGGUCUGCAUCGCUCAGCCGAUACCUACGAUCUAUUUGAUCCCAUCGAGGACGAAGUCCGCAAGCGCACUUUCUGGUGUGUCUACAUGUGGGAUAAACAACUUUCUGCGCACUUUGGAAGGCCGCCUAUGAUCCGGUUGAAGGACUGUGAUAUCGGUGAACCAACUAUUGUAGACGACGAAUUUAUCUCGCACGACGGGAUGGCUUCCCAACCUCCAGGAUCAGAGAGUCGCAUGAGCGCGUUCGUUUCUGCCUUGCGCAUCAUGGUAGUGAUGGAAUCAGUGUUGGAUGCUCCUCCAACACGCCGAUUUACUGACUCUUCUUCGUUCCUUCUCCGUGCGGCUGGUGUACUCUCUGGCCAUAUGCGACAUAAAGAUUUGUACGAAGAGGAAGGCUUGUUGGACGAAAUUCGGCGUACAAUACCUUCAUAUUGGGCCCACAGUUCUGAGACGCUUGCAAGCGAUGAUGUUAUACGUGUCACUCAAGCAGUUCGACUACACUGCGCGGAACAUUUUGCUAGGAUGUUGAUCCAUCGGCAUAGGUUCUCGAAGUUUGUUGCAGAAAGGGCGUACAAUAUAGCUGCAGAAGACGAACUCACCGAAAUAGAACGAGAAGCAAUGACCUCUGCUCAUGCAUCUGCGCUUGAAAUCAUUUCCUCCCAUAUGCAAGUAGCAGCCAAGGGCUUGAUGACAUAUUAUGGAGUGCAUGUGAUACAUCAACUAACACAGGCUGGACGAACUUUGGUUGCUAUCCUGAUAAAUUGCAAAAGCGAAAAGCUGCAACGUUUGAUUCAACCAGCCUUGGAAGCUCUACGUUCUUGCGUCGGCCUCUUGCGUCGUUUCAGUGGGCGUUACAUAUGUGGUCUUCGUUCCGGGGACCUUAUGGAAGAAUUCUGUCGACUUACUCAAAUUCCUCUUGAACCCGCCCGGCAAGAAAGCCCAGACCAGCAGAAUACUCGACCUCCUUGGAUAAGACCUGUGCGCAAAAAGACGCCUUCUGCAGCUCGAGGUAGCGAUACUGCAUCCCAACAUAGCAGUCCAGAAAGCUUCUCCCCGUCGGAAUUCUUUGUUGACUCCAUAGCUAGCCCAUCCAACAGCGUUGGAGGUGCUGUCUUUUCGUCGAACAACAAUCUCACGUCGUCGCAUUCCUCGAGUGGGAGCCAGCACUAUUCUAUAAAUGGUCGCCGACUAUCUGGACCCGUAUCCUCGUUCUUGGAUACCUCGAAUAACAUGGAUAUAGAUCCAGGGAUGUAUAUGUCGCCAGUUGAAGUGAUGGCCAUGUUCAAUGAUGGAGGGGUGGAUGUGGCAUCGCUGUUCUCUCCUGAUUUCAACAAUCAGUCAUCAAAUUCCAACGAGUCGCUGUAUGGAGGCGGAAAUAACGGGGCAGCGGGUCUUGUUACGACUCCCUGAAGCUUGAAGGAUGGAUGUUCUUGUUUAAAAUGAGGGUGGAUUGCUGAUCGAUUGUGUUAUUGCCUUCACUACUUGUACGGCCAACUGCAGAGAUUCGCAGGCCUUUCUUUUGUUGUAUCUUGUUGUCAAUGUAUGCUU